UAGGUCAAAAUCAAAAUUCGGAGACCAGCCCACGAUCCUUCAACUGAGAUUCUUUCUUGUUCCCACGCACCUCAUUCGUCAAACUUUUCCAGGAAAAAAGAAAAGAAAAGAAAAGAAAAUCACAAGUUCUUCGAUUCUUGUCCAAAUUGGCAUCUGUGUAGGCGCAUCUUCUCCCCCGUAUGGCUAUAACCUCACCCUUUUCGUCUCGCUAAUCAUUUCAUUGACUUCGAAUCAGAGGCGCAUCAUUUCUCCGCGUGACUAUAAUCUCACCCUUUAUAUCUCACUAAUCAUCUUUUGCUCUCAUCAUCAUACCCUACCCUCUCUAGAGGCAAAAAGAGCGCUGCUCCUUUCAUGGCGAUCGUCGACCACGACGGGGACGCCCAACAGCCUCUGCUGCGAGAAUCUGCUACGAACGGCGACCGCAACGGCAGGGAUCAUGACAACGAGGAGAAGGCGAGCUUGAGCGUGAGGACGUGGGCUGAGACGAAGAAGCUGUGGCACAUCGUCGGCCCCGCCAUCUUUAGCCGCGUGGCCGCGUACACCAUGAACGUCGUAACGCAGGCGUUCGCAGGGCAACUCGGGGAGGUCGAGCUCGCGGCCAUGUCCAUCGCCAACACUGUCAUCGUCGGCUUCAAUUUCGGCCUUUUGUUAGGUAUGGCGAGUGCACUAGAGACGUUAUGUGGCCAAGCUUUCGGCGCAAAGAGAUACCACAUGCUUGGCAUCUACAUGCAAAGGUCAUGGAUCGUGCUCUUCCUGUGUUGCUUCUUGCUGCUCCCAUUCUACUUGUUUGCCUCGCCGCUCCUCAAGCUCCUGGGGCAGGCGGACGAUGUGGCGGAGAUGUCGGGCACGGUGGCUCUGUGGCUCAUCCCGUUGCACUUCAGCUUCGCCUUCCAAUUCCCCUUGACGAGGUUCUUGCAGAGCCAGCUCAAGACCCACGUCUUGGCAUGGGUCUCGCUGGCCGGCCUAGCAAUCAACGUGCUCACGAGCUGGCUCUCCGUCUACGUGUUCGACUUCGGCUUGGUGGGGCUGUCCGUCGGGUUGGAUCUCUCCUGGUGGUUCUUGGUGCUCGCAUUAUUUGCGUACACCGCAUGCGGCAGCUGCCCGCUGACGUGGACCGGCUUCUCCAUGGAGGCUUUUACAGGGUUGUGGGAGUUCGUCAAACUGUCCGCAGCAUCUGGAGUAAUGCUUUGUUUGGAGAAUUGGUACUACAGGAUAUUGAUACUAAUGACUGGAUAUCUACAAAAUGCCACGGUUGCUGUGGAUGCCUUGUCCAUCUGCAUGACCAUCAACGGUUGGGAGAUGAUGAUCCCUCUUUCCUUCUUUGCCGCAACCGGAGUUAGGGUGGCAAAUGAGCUUGGAGCUGGGAAUGGCAAGGCCGCGAAAUUUGCGACCGCUGUAUCUGUGGUGCAAUCCACAAUAAUUGGUUGCUUCUUUUGUGCUCUAAUCAUGGUAUUGCAUGACAAAUUUGCAUACCUUUUCACUUCUUCCGCUGAUGUUCUUGAAGAAGUGGACACGCUCUCUUAUCUUCUAGGCGUCACCAUACUUCUCAAUAGUGUUCAGCCCGUUCUAUCAGGAGUUGCUGUUGGAUCGGGAUGGCAAGCGUAUGUUGCAUAUAUCAAUUUGGGAUGCUACUAUGUUGUGGGUCUACCUCUUGGAUUUCUCAUUGGAUGGGUUUUCAACUUAGGUGUUAUGGGUAUUUGGGGUGGAAUGAUUUUCGGAGGCACUGCUAUCCAAACUGUGAUAUUGGCCAUUAUAACAAUUCGAUGUGAUUGGGAGAAACAGGCGGAGAUUGCUAAAGUGCGGGUUGCCAAAUGGUCAACUCCAACCCUUGACGAUGAUGAAUCAGCCGCCAGCUAAAACUCAUUAUUCAAAGCUAGCUACUAAAUCAACUGGUGUUACAAAAAUACGGGUUCGGUGUAAUAGCAAGGACAAGGAUGUAUUGCACCAGUAGCAUCCAUGGCUAUUUGCUCCUCUUCAUGCAACCUUCUAACAACCCUCUUUGGCUGCAUCCACAAUCGAUCGUCCAGCUAGAGAAAUUACCAUAAAUAUAACGGAGAGAGAUGAUUAUUUGUCGAUUUAUUAAGCGUUCGAGAGACUCUAGAAUUUUGGGUUUGUAGAAGGUUUGCUUGUUCUCUACGAGUUUAAUUUGAUGUGAUCCCCAAAA